AUGGAGUCGCUGAAGAUAAGAAUCCAAGUAGGCAAAGUUUCUGGUUUGGCAUGGACGAAGUGGGCGGUGAGUUACUGGACGAUCGAAGCGGUUGUCUUGCCGGUAAUAGGUAAAACGAUACGGACAGGCCGCUUAGGUGAGAUCAUGCAGAAUAUACAGACAGCAUUGUCAGUUGUUAGGAGUCGUUCUCAGUUGCUAGGUAUUGCGGAAGAUUUCUAUCAGUCAAGUGACUUGCAUAUUCAUCUUCCUGAAGGUGCGACACCUAAGGACGGCCCAAGUGCUGGUAUUGGUAUUUGCGUGGCGAUGGUUUCUGUUUUGACUGGUAUCCCGGUGCGAGCAUCUGUUGCCAUGACGGGUGAAAUCACGCUGCGUGGCGAAGUGCUGCCUAUCGGUGGACUUAAAGAGAAAUUGCUGGCUGCUCAUCUCGUGCUGGUACAAGAGUAUUAA